AUUUUUAGAAUCUAUGCGCGCGCAGAUCUUCCGUCACAUUUGACCUAGUUAUCAUGGUCGGACAAACAAACGAAGUCAGACAGUGUGACAGUGUGUAUACAGGGACAGUGACGUGACUUUCAUCGAAGAGAAACAAACGUUUCAGUGCUUUACACUCUGAAUAUGGUUUGCACAAAACAUUGUUGUUAUGGUACCUGCAGAAAUGACUCGCGUUACCCUAACAGACCGGAGAUGGAAGGGGUGUUUUUCAUCAACUUUCCAAAGCCUAAAACUCAACGGGAGAAGUGUGAAAAGUGGAUCUAUGCAUGCGGGCGACCAAAAGAUCAAUUCAAUGUUGAGAAAAUAACAAAGUCCACGUACAUUUGCAGUAAACAUUUUGUCGGCGGUCGUGGACCAACAGAAGAUUACCCAGACCCGAUACCUGUUACUGCCAGUGCAGAAAGAGUGAGGAAGAUAAGUCGCCCUAGGAGAAAGCCUCCAGUGGUACGUCAAAACAGACUUCAAGCUGCAGAGGCCUUGCUCCAGCUUGGCGAAUUCUCAUCGUGCACAGAAGAGGGUGUUGGAACACAUGAAAGAGAGGAUAGCAGCUGUGCAGACCAGGAUAAAAUUCAAGCUGCUGAGGCCUUGGUCCAACUGAAUGAGCUGUUGGAUACACUGGUGGACCAUGCUGAAGCAACACAUGACGGAAGGGACAACUUGAAUGAGAGACCAAAGAUGGCUUCUGUUGGGGUUCAGACCAAAGCUCCCUGUCAGUGUCACUUGACAAAAAAUACUGAGGCUGAUGAAAAGGCAGUAACUGAUGCAGCUUCACAGACUGCAUAUGACAAAAUGCACCUUCAAAGUAAAGUCGAAAACAUGCUGCUGAAAAACCAACUGAAAACCUUAUCAACCCCCAUUACACCUCCCUCCAACCUGUUGAUGACCUUUUUAUUAUGUUAGUUAGAUUGCGUCGUGGUUAUGGGUUUUUUAUGCUUAGAUUUUUAUUCAAUUUGUCAAUUACUUCAGUACGCUGCAUUUUUACAACAUGGUUACAAUUUCUUAUUUUCAUUUCACUGAUUUGAAGGCCGAUAUGUUUCCAGAUCGGUUAACUUUAGGAAAGUUUAUGCCAAAGAGUUUCAAAGGUUUUAAAAAUGUCAGAUGUUCAGUUGAUUGUACAGAGUUUUUUGUCCAGAUGCCUAGGUAUUUUGCAAGGCAAGGCAAUCUGUUUUCCAACUACAAAAAUCACCAUACUUUCAAAUGCCUUAUUGCAGUGGCGCCAAAUGGUGCAUGUGUUUAUAUUUCUGAGUUGUAUGAAGGUGCCAUUAGUGACCGUGAAAUUUUUUCAAAGUGUGGAAUUUUAGAUUAUUUAGAACCGGGUGACAUUCUUUUGGUAGAUAGAGGUUUUACUGUAGAAGAUUUAUUACUUUCUAGACAAGUUUCUUUGAACAUUCCUCCAUUUCUAAAAGGUAGAGAAAAACUAACACCUCAAGAAGAGCUACUGUAUAAAAAACUUUCUAAAGCCCGAAUCCAUGUUGAGAGGUACAAUGAACGCCUAAAAAAAUUCAAACUUAUAGCAGGUACAAUGCCUUUGAAUAUGACAGAACUAGCAUCACAGGCUGUCUUUGUAGCUGGUUGCCUCGUCAAUUUCCAAGACCCUCUGGCAAAAUAAGUACAGUAGGUAGUAGACAUAAUUAGGUUCAGAAAACAAUAUCUGUAUAUAGUUAAUUUCAGGGUUUUUUAAUUGUGCAAUGUUUUUUGAUGUUGAAAGAGUAAUAAUUUUUAAUUGAAAAUUGUGAACUUAUGUAUUUUCUUUUAUUGAACCUACAAAGGAAAGCAGUAUAUACAUAAUGAUACAAAGAAUAUUCCAUGACUUGUGCAAUAAAUUGGUUUAUACGUUUGAAAAAAAAAAAUGGAUUAUUGUUUGUCAAAUUUAAAUUAACAUUUGCAAUUAUUUUCAUCCCAUGAAUGCAUCUGCAGUGUUCAGAUCUAAUUGAGAGUCACUUCAAAAUUUGUUCUCUUAAAUGUUCUUUAUUUCCAUUUACGUCUAGAGUUCCCCUUUUUAUCGUCAACCCUAAAAGUGAGGUUACGUCCUAGUUUGCUUGAAAGAUGCAACUUGCUGCCAACCUUUACCGCUUGGUAUAGGAAAUAUAGUUUGCCAGAAAAAAAAAAGUUUUGUAUGGGUUUUGGAACCUUUUCUGUCCCUUACAGCCCCUUUAUGAUUUAGAUUAUGAAAAUGGUGCACUCAGAAUUUUUUUCUGUUA